AUGAUUUCAGGGAAAAGGUCGAAGUGCAGAUCGUGCCGAUUUCAACGAUGUUUGAAGGCUAGAAUGUGUCCUGAAGAGGUUGGCAAAUUACGCGAAUUAAAAGGAGGUGAUCGAUUCGUCAUCAAGGCCAAGGAGGAGAACAGCGUCAUACCGUAUUUUGACUUUGAUGAUAUUCACUUUUCACAAUUCGAGAAUAUUUGCCACAUGGAAAUACCUUUUAUUGAUCGCUUCGGUCUUGCUGAAGGAGUGAAGUACAUUGCUCGAAUGUUCGUAAAUCUAGAA